AUCGAUGAGGCCACCCAGAGCCCAAGCAGGAGGUGCUUGCCGAGAGGACGAGAGGCGAAGCCGGGCACCAUGUGCACCCUCACCCGCGGACUGGCACUGCUGCUGCUGGGUGUGCUGCUGUGGCGGGCGCUGGAUGGAGCACCUCUGGGUGAGCUCUCAGGGGACCAGGACUUCCAACUCUUCCUGCACAAGAACCUCGAAUUCACCCGCAAGAUCAAGGGGGAUGUGGCCAUGCUGCAGCAGGUGGUGUGUGACACCUUCCAGCUGUGCAAGGAGGAAGAGCUGCUGCUGGUGCGGCAGGACCUGGGCAUCACGCAGACACCGCUGGAGCAGUGCCACAGCCGCACCUUCCAGGCGGAGGUUUGCCUCAGCCAGCUCCGUGAUGGGCUCCGUGCCUACCACAGCUCCCUCGCUGCCAUCCUGGAGCUGCUGCCAGAACACGCCGGGCUGGUGGAGGCCUUGCAGCUGGACACUGCCAACCUCUCCUCCAACAUCCAGCAGCAGAUGGAGGACCUGGGCCUGGCCACAGUGACGUACCCCACCAAGGACCAGGGGUCCCUCUCCGCCUUCUCCUCCCACUUCCACCACCAGGUCGGUGGCUUCUUCAUCCUGGCCAACUUCCAGCGGUUCCUGGAGACAGCGUACCGGGCGCUGCGGCACCUUGCCCACCUCUGACACCUGGCCACCGACCCUAUUUAUUUAUGUUCCAGCCUAUGCCCCCUUCCCAGGGAGCACCCAGCUUUUCUGCUUAGUAUUUAUUGCUAUUUAAUAUUUAUGGGGCCAGGGAGGCCCCCCUGCCCCCCGGCCCCUGAGCAGGGUGGCCAGCCCUGCGGUGCCACCCGUGCAUAGGUGUCUGUGCACAGCAUCUCUCGUUUAAUAUUUAAACAAAAGUGUAUCUCUGCUAUGAGGUUUGGGAGCUGGGCUCAGCCUCUGCAGCCACUCCUCUGCUCUGCCCAGCCCCCCUGCUGCUGGCACUGUGUGUGCCUCAGUUUCCCCAAGGUACCCCUGGGGCAUCCUGCCUGGCCUGGGGAAUGCAUCUUUGGAUGAAGAUGCCUCAGAGCAUCUCCCUCCCUGGGCUACAGCCUGCAGGGACAGACCUGAGGGCUGUUAUUUCUAUUAGGCAUAGUUAUACUAAUUAAUAUUUAUUAGCCAUUAAGUAAGAGGCAGGGAGAGGAAAACGGAGGUGCUGGAGGGAUGCAGCCGCCUCUUAGGAUGAGGCUUUUCCUUUAGGGAGGCUGCAUCCUCACUCUGCCCUUCCCCCUUCCCUGCUAAACUCAGUCUAUUUAUUGCAGUUUAAGUUAUUUCACAUACCCCUGGCUGCCCCGAGCCCCACACAGCCCCUGGGGCAGCUCCCACCAUCCCACACAGCCAUAUUUUCCCACAGGGAAUUCCACAGCUGCCCAGCUGGGCUUGCCCGUGGCCUGUUUUGUACUGUAUUUAUUUCUGUGGUUAGGUCAGCACCAGAGAAACACCAGCUAUUUUUUUUUUAUACACAGUAAAGAUGGAAAUAAAGUCUACUUUUGCUC